CAUAGAAUCUGUUGAGAUUGUGUGUACUGACACGAUGAAGCCAUCUUUACCAGCUUUCGACCAAAGCGCCCAGUUCCAUUUGACCACUGCUCCACCAAGCGGAGCCCCAGUUGCUGAACCUACUGGUGGUAAGAUCACCAUUGAUCCCCUAGAGGAGAAGCGCACAUCAGUGGACAAUUAUAGGCUGCUUGUCUCAUCCAUCGUGCCACGUCCAGUGGCUCUAGUCUCUACAGUGGAUAAGGAUGGCAACGCCAACCUUGCCCCCUUUAGUUACUUCCAGGUGGUUAACUCAGACCCUCCAAUGUUUGUGUUGGGGAUUUCACAAGGGUUCAACGGUCCAAAGGACACUCUGAAGAACUUGCUUGAUACCGGUGAGUGCACUGUCAACAUUGUCAGUGAAUGGUUUGCGGAAGCUGCUAACAAGGCCAACAUCAACGCGCCGUCUGGCACGAGCGAAUGGGAAAUUGCUGGACUGGAACAGGAACACUCAAAGAUUGUCAAGCCAGCCAUUGUGAAGCGCAGCGCCUUUAGUGUGGAGUGUAAGCUAGCUCAUCAUCAUGAAUGGUUCUCUAAACGAGUCGAGGGGAAGAAAACUGGUAACUUGGUGGUCUUAGAAGGUGUCUUAUUCCACGUUAGCGGUGAAGUGUUGAACGCUGAGGGCACGAGCCUCGAUAUUGAAAAGCUAAGACCUAUCAGUCGUUUGGGUGGAACAACCUACGGUAGAACAACGGAGGGUUAUGAUCUUCCACGGUUUCAAUGGGAGUGAUGUUUAACCGCACGAUUGAUAUAUAUAUAUGUAUAUAACAAUAAAAAGGACCAAUGGUAACAACCUAACUACUUACAGGGCUCUUCUUGCCUUGACUGCAUCAGAG